AUGUCAUUUCAGCCUGAUUGGAGUAUUCAACAAAGAAUAAAGCAGGACAAUAAAUACGCAGACGCUCAAGCCUAUUCAAGGAAAAUGCAAGACAUCGCUAAAACCUCGACGUGGUAUGAAAGGCAGCAAAAAUUUGAAGUGGCAAGGAAUAAUAUAAGAUCUGAAAAUCUGAUGGCAGAAGAAGUCCAAAUCGCGAAUAGAGAAUUAAAAGAUAGAAGAAAAGCAAGAUUAAGGCAGCUUUUGCAAAGGGAAGCAGAAAUGUAUGAAGCGGAAUUGAUGAAAAUGGGCUUAGCAAUCUACAGGGACAGGUUGUAG